UGUGCCAAAGCUGCUGUCGAAGCUGAGAAAGAAGUUAUCGGGGGAAAUAUUUUUCCUGAUUAUUUAGCCGCCGUGUCUCGGGUUUUAUCGGACCAGGCAAAAUGGACGAAUAUGAUGAACUGUUCGAGGUACAGGACGACUUCGAGGAGCAGUUUGCCGACGAGCUGGAGGUGCUGGCUGAGAUGGAGGAGGAAACUUGCAAGCCGGGGAAACGCCACAGUCAGGGUCCAGGAGACGACAUCUCGGAUAUAGAGCACCUGCUGGACGAUCAGCCCAUCACUCCAAAGGCAAAGCGACAGAAGCAGGACACCGGUGUGGUCAAGCGACUGUUCAACGCAUCACAAGUUCAAGAGAGCAAAGUCCCUUCACUGAGUGAUGACAUCACACCGCCAUCCUCUCCAGAGCACUAUGAGCCCUCUCACGCCAUCAGCUCUACCCCUGCUGUGCUGGAUAUCAGCGGCUUUGCUGAGAUUCCACUGACUCCACAGCGACCUCCCACAGCGGCGUCGGCAUCCCUGCGUGUGCUGAAGCGACCUCCUUUAGAGGGAGACUACAUCAGCGUGACGGACUCGUCUGGGAAUCGGGUCUACCUCCGACAGAAAGAGAACGCAGAGACAAAGACAGCAGACUCCAGAAUAGUACCAAACUCCCAGGGUGGACUGGGGCUGCUGGCAGUGCCGAUAGGACUGCUGAGAGAGCAAGAAGCAGACAGGCGCCACCAACAGGUUGUGGAGGAAUCGCAGCGUCUUACAGAGCUGUUAGCCAGCAGUGUAAACGACGCGUUAGUCGAGUCUGAAAACACAGAAGAUGAAGAAAAUGAGGAUCCAGAGGACACAGAGGGCCGAGCAUCCCGGCUGUGGGUGGACAGAUUUUCACCGCGUCACUACACAGAGCUGCUCAGCGACGAUUUCACCAACCGCUGUCUGCUCAAGUGGCUGAAGCUGUGGGACACCGUAGUGUUUGGAAGAGAGAGGAAGUCCCGCCCUGCCCGAUCCGACAGACAGGCUGCCAAUCAGAACGCAUUUAAACCCAAUCAAGGAAAUCAGAAUCAAAAUCGCUUCAAGAGCAAGAUUGAGGUGACCGAGGAGCUGCUGGAGGCCGAACUGGACCAGUACAAACGACCCAAAUUUAAGGUGGCGUUGCUAUCCGGUCCUCCAGGUUUGGGGAAGACCACCCUGGCUCAUGUAAUUGCAAAGCAUGCUGGGUACAACGUGGUUGAAAUCAAUGCCAGUGACGAUCGCAGCGCCGAGGUGUUCCAGAAACGCAUCGACACAGCGACACAGAUGAAGUCCGUUUUGGGAGCCAACGAGAGGCCGAACUGCCUCAUUAUUGAUGAGAUUGACGGAGCACCUGCGGCCGCCAUCAACAUACUGCUGGCAGUUCUGAACAGGAAAGAUGGACAUGGGGGAGAGGCUGGCGUGGAGACGGCGAAGAAGAAGAAGAAGAGGGAGUCCAUCCUACUGCGACCAAUCAUCUGCAUCUGUAACGACCUUUAUGUCCCAGCUCUCCGGCCUCUCAGGCAGCAGGCUUUCCUCCUGGCUUUCCCACAGACUCAGCCUUCCCGCCUGGCACAGAGACUGGCAGAGAUCUCACUCCGCCAGGGGCUGAAGGCAGACACGGGCACCCUGAUGUCACUGUGCGAGAAGACCGACAACGACAUCCGGUCCUGCAUCAACACGCUGCAGUUCCUUCAUAGUCGUGGCGUCAAGCAGCUGGACAGCAAGACGAUUCAGAGCGUCUCUGUGGGGCAGAAGGACCAGAACAAAGGCUUGUUCCAUCUGUGGCAGGAAAUCUUCCAGUUACCACGUACAAAACGGAAACGUGUCGGUGAGGGGUUUGAGGACGGACCGGGUUCAGGAAGUGGAGCUCACAGGUUCCAGCACAUCUUGCAUCUGGCUUCGUCUAGUGGAGAAUAUGAAAAGGUUUCUCAGGGUCUGUAUGAUAAUUAUCUGUCCAUGCGUGUGAGGGACCCAAACCUCCAGAGCGUGUGCGAGGCGCUGGAUUGGCUGGCCUUCUCAGACAAGCUGAGCCACGUGAUUCUGCACGGGCAGAACUUCUCUCUGAUGAAAUACCUGCCCUUCCUUUCCAUCACAUUUCACUUCCUGUUUGCCCACACGAACGUGCCCCGCAUCAGCUAUCCCCACACCCAGCACGAGGCCUCCUCCCGGCUCCUCAGCUGCAAGAACGCUCUGUCCACCAUGUUGGCCGACACCCCAGCAAGCAUCAGAGCGAGGAUCAGUCAGCUUAGCCUGACCCUUGAUAUCCUCACCUUGCUUCUCGACAUCAUCUGUCCCAAACUACGGCCCGUGAAUCCACAGCUGUUCAGCAGCAGAGAGAAGGAGCAGAUGCGUGAGCUGAUCGACACCAUGCUGGCAUACAAUCUCUCUUACAGGCAGGACCGCACUCCAGAGGGACAGUACACCUACGUGCUGGAGCCGCGCGUCGAGGAGGUGGUGAGGUUUCCAGGCCUGCCUCCGCGCCGCCAGCUGACGUACCAGGCCAAACAAACCAUCAGCAGAGAGAUGGAGCAGGAGAAGAUGAGGAGGGCCGAGCAACUGAUGCUGCUGCGAAACCCAGCACCGAAAGAGGAGGACAAAAAGAGCGCCGGUCCUAAAGCAAGCAGGAACCACCAGCAGAGGCUGGAGAACAUCGUCAAGCAGACCACAGUGGAGAGCAGGCCUGAGGUGGAUUUCUUUGGUCGAGCUGUUGCCCCUAAACCCCAGAGACCACAGCCGUCCUCAGACACAGGUGAGAAGAGAGCAGAUCUAUCUAUGGGGACAGCAGUGGGCAACAGUGACGUGUGGUUCCGGUUUAAUGAGGGCAUGUCCAACGCUGUCCGACGAAAUGUUUACAUCAGAGAUCUGCUGUAGCGCUCACACAC